CGUGUCCCUAGCUAGCUAGAUACACUUAUGUAUUUUUUUUCAUUUAGGUACACGAUAGGUCAAGCAAACAACUGGAUAAUGUUGUCUCGUCUUCAGUCACAUCGUCACAAGUGGAUUUCUGUGCCAAGGUGGUUGUCACUGCCAGUGAACUUCCUGUCGUCAAUUCCCGUCUCAAGAAUUCGCCAAGAUUACACGCACAUUGUCACAUCUUUAGAUAGUAUAGGUUGGUCCCUCUGUCCUCGUUAUAUGAUGAUUAAUGCAGAGGAACAACCAAAUCAACAGCGGGCUGACCUGUCCAACAAGAAGAGUCAGUCAGUGGGUGGAAGAUGGAAACAAACUUACUCUUGUUCAUCCUCUCAGAAUCCCAGCAAUUUGCCCACCACAGCCUAUGUCCAACACAGGCUGCAGGGUUGUGGGCGAGGCUGGCUACAUACUCAAGCCACUCGCGAUACUCCUGCCAACACGCUGACGAGAUGCAAAAUGACCCCCUCAAGCUCAUCAUCGAGGGAUAUCAAGUCUGAUUUGUUCGACUUCCUGGUCUCCGACUAUCUCCUGCUGGGUGCUGAAGCAGCAGGUCCAGUUAUAGCGGCUCGUGCAACCUCGGCCCGUAAAUAGAAAUCCAAGAUGUGACUUUGGAUAGCAGGUGUGUGGAAGACGAACCUUUACAUCUGAACCUGCAUGACGAGUCACCCACGGGAGACGUGGGAUUACAGGUCUUCGUAUAACGUACGACAGACAGGAUCUGUACCAUAUAUCUAAGAUGUGACAAAAGAUAACAGGCCCUUUAACAACGGACGAUUAUAUGCGGACCCCACCACGAAGUGCCAAUGGGGAAAACGACCUCUACAAGAGUGCCAUCUCCCGUACAAGAUCCGAGUGAAGCGAUCGUCCUUUCAAGGACCUAAAACAAGUGCCAUAAUGUGACUUUGGCGCUAGGUUCCCGCAGUACGGACGUUGCACUCUGACCUUUACGAGAGGAUCUCAGACAACAGUUGAAGAGGUCACCCGAAACACCCAAGGCACGCGUCUGGUCCUGGUAUAUCGGACGGUCAUUCUUGAUACCAUACAAGCAUCAGUAAUACCCCCAGCAAGAAGGAUAGCCCGUUUUUUUUUUUUUACCCCAAAAAAAUAUCAGGGCUGAAGCAAAGGGUAUUCUCUGACACCAAGUAUCAGUAUCCUCUCAGAAUGAUUCACAUGUUAAUUCGAAGUGAUAAAAAUCACCCUAGGAAUGUAAUUGACAUAAUGUGGAUUUUGUAUUAAACUGGCAUUUACAUUUACAAGUAAAUCACACGAAAGUAUUUAACUGUAUUGUAAGUAACUACAGGUAAUGAAUUAGUCUGAAGAAUAUCCAAACCAAUAAAUCAAAA